UAUUCUUUGGGCAGCUUUUAUUUCUCUCAUGUCUGUCCACUUUUUGUUAAUCUUUAUUAGAUCAUCUCCUGUACUGUGUCUGCAGUCUCUGGUCAUCUCCUGUACUGUGUCUGCAGUCUCUGGUCAUCUCCUGUACUGUGUCUGCAGUCUCUGGUCAUCUCCUGUACUAUGUCUGCAGUCUCUGGUCAUCUCCUGUACUAUGUCUGCAGUCUCUGGUCAUCUCCUGUACUGUGUCUGCAGUCUCUGGUCAUCUCCUGUACUGUGUCUGCAGUCUCUGGUCAUCUCCUGUACUAUGUCCGCAGUCUCUGGUCAUCUCCUGUACUAUGUCCGCAGUCUCUGGUCAUCUCUCCUGUACUGUGUCCGCAGUCUCUGGUCAUCUCCUGUACUGUGUCUGCAGUCUCUGGUCAUCUCCUGUACUGUGUCCGCAGUCUCUGGUCAUCUCCUGUACUGUGUCUGCAGUCUCUGGUCAUCUCCUGUACUGUGUCCGCAGUCUCUGGUCAUCUCC